CAAGUCAGGUCCAAAUUCUAAAACCCUGCAACUCAAACAAAUUCUUAAAACCCUCACACACAAAAAUCACAGCAGUCAUACUUGUCCAAUGGCUACAGAUUUUUGUUUCGAACAACCUAGCGAUGAAGAAGUUGAAUACGAUGAAAACGACAAUGAAGAUGAAGAAGAAGCACAACAGCUAUCUGAAGAAGAUGAUGCCGACCCUAAACCUAAAACUAAUAAAAAGUCGCAAUCUCCAUGGGACUUUUCUGCUUACUCUGAAUCAGUUGCAGAUGAACAUAGCCGACGUAGCACUACUUCAGUUGAUUUUAAGAUAUCAAAAGCUCGUCAACAACUGUCUGCACCUAUAGCUAAACCUAUCGAGGAAGAUUCUGAUUCCGAUGAUGAAGAACCACACCGCCAAGAAGAAUACAGACCGGAUGAUGGUGAUGAUGAUGUGGAUACGAAUGUUGCUGAAAAAAAGCCAUUUUUUGCCUCAUCAGAAGGAGUUUCAUUUCAUGCCAAUUCGUUUCUGGAGCUCCAUAUCUCAAGGCCGUUGCUUCGGGCUUGUGAAGCAUUGGGUUACAGUAAGCCCACACCAAUUCAGGCUGCUUGCAUUCCACUGGCCUUAACUGGCCGAGAUAUAUGCGGUAGUGCUAUAACAGGAUCCGGAAAGACUGCUGCCUUUGCCUUACCUACACUGGAGAGACUGUUGUACCGUCCAAAAAAUAGGCCUGCAAUUAGGGUUCUUAUUCUUACUCCAACUAGAGAGUUGGCUGUUCAGGUUCAUAGUAUGAUAGGUAAACUUGCCCAAUUUAUGCCAGAUAUCCGAUGUUGUCUGGUUGUUGGUGGUCUGUCAACCAAGGUGCAAGAGGCAGCCUUGAGAUCAAUGCCUGAUAUUGUCGUGGCCACUCCAGGACGUAUGAUAGAUCAUCUACGGAACUCCAUGUCAGUUGAUUUGGAUGAUCUUGCAGUAUUGAUUCUUGAUGAGGCAGAUCGUCUACUGGAGCUGGGUUUCAGUGCUGAAAUUCGUGAGCUGGUUAGAUUGUGUCCGAAGCGGAGACAGACCAUGUUGUUUUCUGCGACAAUGACUGAGGAAGUUGAUCAGCUCAUCAAGCUCUCUCUGAAUAAACCUUUGCGCCUAUCAGCUGAUCCAUCUGCGAAACGGCCUGCAAAAUUGACUGAAGAGGUAGUUAGAAUACGGCGCAUGCGUGAAGGAAAUCACGAAGCGGUUCUUCUUGCAUUGUGCACCAAGACCUUCACUUCCAAAGUGAUUGUUUUCAGUGGUACAAAACAUGCAGCACAUCGGUUGAAAAUUAUAUUUGGUUUACUUGGGUUCAAAGCAGCUGAACUACAUGGAAAUCUUACGCAAGCCCAGCGUCUAGAUGCUUUGGAACUUUUCAGAAGACAGGAAGUGGAUUUUUUGAUUGCAACCGAUGUUGCAGCUCGUGGACUUGACAUUAUUGGUGUUCAAACCGUUAUAAAUUUCGCGUGCCCGCGUGAUCUUACUAGUUACGUUCAUCGAGUGGGCCGGACAGCUAGAGCUGGUAGAGAAGGGUAUGCCGUUACAUUUGUCACAGAUAAUGAUAGGUCUCUUCUAAAAGCCAUUGUUAAACGAGCUGGUUCAAGGCUAAAGAGUCGAAUUGUAGCGGAGCAAUCAAUAGUUAAGUGGGCCCAAGUGAUUGAACAGCUGGAGGAUCAAGUGGCUGCAAUUAUGCAAGAAGAGAGGGAAGAGAUGGCACUAAGAAAAGCUGAAAUGGAAGCUAAUAAGGCAGAGAAUAUGAUUGCCCACAGGGAUGAGAUUUAUUCACGCCCUAAACGAACAUGGUUUGUCACAGAAAAGGAGAAAAAGCUUGAUCAAAAGGCAGCAAAGGAAUCAGCAGCAGCCAAAGAAAAUGGUUCUGAGAGCAAGGUAAUGAGUGCUAAUCAAGCGGAAGACCUGAAGAUGAAGGAAAAGAGGAAGCGAGAACGAGAGAAAAACAUGCCAAGGAAGAAAAGGAGGAGGUUGGAGGCUUCCCGGGAGCAAUUAGAAGAUGAAGAUGACUUAGAUGAAGGCAAAGAGAAAACAAAGAAAGAUAAAUCUGGAAUUUCCCUCGUUGAUGUUGCGUAUCGUCGUGCGAAGGCAGUCAAGGCUGUGAACAAGGCAGUUGAUGCUGGCAAGAUUGUUAGAAAGGCAGGAAAAAAACCGAAACCGAAAAGCAGAAUAUCUGAAUCAAGAACAGAAGAAAUGCAGGAUCUUUUUCAAAAUGAUAUGAGUGAGAAAAAACAAAGGAAACCACUUCAUGCGGGUGGAAAGAAGAAGUCCUCAUUCAAGAGCAAGUCACGGUACAAGCGAAGGUAACGCUUGCAAUACCAUGUCGAUGAACUGGAAAUCAAGUAACCGGAACAAGGUAGGUGCAUCAAACAUGAAUACCUUUUUCCUAACAAAGGAAUGCCAAGUUGAUGCUGACUUGAACUAAGAUACGAUCCUGCUGCAAGUAGUUUCUUAAGAGUAUUGCUGAUAUUGAGCUUGUACUGGUAUUUCUGAGAAAGUUGUACGAAGGAAUCGUACGUGUUAGUUUAUGAGUAGGUCCCUGGCUCUUAGUUUCAUUUUUUUGGAGAGUAUUUUAUCUCAUAUUUGUUUUGUUUGGACUCGCGCAUGUCCUGGAUGUAAAGCAUGUAUAUGUACAUGUAUUCGAUUUUGAUUACACAUUGUUGAUUAUCUAAAACUUAACUUUCCUAGUCUUGUAGAUAAA